AACCACUCAGAAUCUGAGUCCGACGAGGAAGCUCCUGACAACAUCGAUGUCAACUACGAGCUAGAACGCGCUGAGCCACCCUAUAAGCUCUCUGCAGACUUCGCGAAGUUUCUCCACGCCUCCGAGUAUCCAGAAGACAUUACUAAAUAUUUGAAAUCGCUGAAAUUGUUUGAAAAAGACGCGAAAACGGCGGACACUGUUCCAACAAAGUCGCUAAAGUCUGUUGUUAGCGGUUUUGUGCAUUAUCUGUUGGGCGUCAAGCGGAUUCAGAAACCAGUGCUUCGAGGGAUCGCAAAAAUCUUUGGGCGCUAUGAUAUCUAUCAUUAUAUCUCCCCGGAGCUUGUCAAGGCGAUUAAUAAUCUCAAUGAAUCCCGAACGUCCGCGUGGUUCAACCUGUUCAACUUCCUCCAAUUCGUCCCCCAUCCAAUGGAUCGUGUCACCAAACCCCUAUUCCGUCAAUUCUGUAUCCGUACCCCAUUCACUGAAAAAGACAUGAAGAAAAAGAAGUUGGUGUGGAUUUCAACGGACUAUGAUAACGUUUGGAUGGCUCUGAUGAAUGGACAGAUCAGUGAGAAGAUCACAUUGAAACUGAUCCCUUAUAUCACUCAAAAUGUGAUUUCUCGCCUGAAGACACCCUUCAAAUCUGCCGAUUUCUUCUUUAAAAUGUUCGAUAAGAGUGAUUAUCACGGGAUUUUAUCGCUUGGCGCCAUUUUCAGACUUAUCUCGGAGCAUAACUUCGAAUACCCAAAGUUCUACGACAAAGUCUACUCGUUGACGAACCCAUCGCUGCUCUAUAUGAGCCAAAAGGAGGCGAUUUUGACGCUGUUGGAUAGCUUUUUGUCGUCGACUCACAUCCCGACCUACAUCGUCGGCUCGUUCCUCAAACGUCUCUCUCGCUGCCUCCUACUCGCCCCCAUUGAUGCUCAGGAGCCAAUUUUGGGUCUAAUUAGAAAUCUGGUCAUUCGUCACCCGAAUUGCUCAGACUUGGUCCAUCGUGAGCAGCCACAAACGGUCUACGAUGAUCCGUUUGACAAUACGGAGACCGAUUUGCAUAAGACCAAAGCGAUGGAUUCGAGUCUUUGGGAGAUGAAGUUGUUGCAGUGUCACUGGAACCAAUCAGUCCGAAAACGUGCCCAUUUCGUCGACAAAUCUCUUCAAAAAGUCGAAUCCUACGUUCGAUUCCGUUGCUCCGACGAGCUGUUCUCCGUCAACAUGGCAAAAUCGUUCGGAGGCGAGGAUGGCGAGGCUGAGAAGUACCGAAAGCUUCAGGACGGUGACGACGACGAUGAAGGCGUCGGAAGGGCUCCAGAAGCCAAGAAGCCGCGGAGAAAAGGAUUCGGAAAGUUUGCGCCGAAGCACGAGGAGAAGGUAGUCCGGGCGGUUGGCAUCAAUUCAGAAGUGCCACGUGGCAUUCUGGAGAGAAAUGUGGCGGUUGUGGACGCGCCGAUAUUGUGGAGCAUUUGA